AUCAAAAUGUUUUCUCGGCGGAGGUGCCGAAGACCAAAUGGCGUUAUACUGUUUCACCUGCAGUAUUUGGGAGUUGAUUUAAAUGCCGCGGAUGACUAGAUGAUCACGAGAAGGAAGUGCUUUUGUACAGAUGUUUUGGAUCUUUUUUCCUUCUUUUUUCAUUUUCUGAGAGGUCACUUAAUGAUCGGGGAAGGAUAAUUGCGUUUCUGGAUAUGUCAUUUCUGAAGUGGGCAUGAUCAGAUUUAAUUUGUAAAUAUUAUAGACAUCGGAUUAUCUGUUCUGUUGGAGUAAGCGAUUUUUUGCACCAACUCGAAUUGGAAUGAUUUUUGUGGUCUUAUCAUCACGAAGGUGCACUUGCUCGCUUGAUUACGAUUCCAACAAAGUGGAACCAGACAUUUCAACGCGUGUCAUAUUUGCAGCAUGGAGACUUACAACUUAAGGGACCUGAGACACUCUCCUUGAAUGCGUCAGACUGCCGCGGCGAAGGAUGGGCCCUUUUCUCCCGGCGAUUUGCGUCGUGCUGCUCGCCCUGAACGCCGCUGUCUCGCCGGCCUCUGUCGGCCCUGAGGACUAUCCCGCCACGGACGAGGCCGAGAGAACUGCCAACAAUGACAUCAUUUUCGAUGACUACCGAGGGAAAGGCUGCGUGGAUGACAGUGGCUUCGUGUACAAGCUCGGGGAACGCUUCUUCCCGGGCCACUCGAACUGCCCGUGCAUGUGCACGGAGGACGGUCCUGUCUGUGACCAACCCGAGUGCCCUAAAAUACACCCCAAGUGCACCAAGGUGGAACACAACGGCUGUUGCCCCGAAUGCAAGGAGGUCAAAAACUUCUGUGAAUAUAGAGGGAAGACUUAUAAAAUCCUGGAGGAGUUCAAGCCUUCGCCCUGUGAAUGGUGUCGCUGCGAGCCAAAUAAUGAGGUGCAUUGUGUGGUCGCUGACUGUGCAGUACCAGAGUGUGUCAACCCAGUGUAUGAGCCAGAACAGUGCUGCCCCAUCUGUAAAAACGGUCCAAAUUGCUUCGCUGGAACGACGAUCAUCCCAGCUGGCAUUGAAGUGAAGGUGGACGACUGCACCAUCUGUCGGUGCCACAGCGGGGACUGGUGGAAGCCUGCACAGUGCUUGCGCCGGGAGUGUCUCAACGGUCAGGCGUCAUCAUAGAACCCCUCUGGAGCUGAAGGGAGGGACACGAUGCGAUGUGCGGCACGGCUGUCGGCGCAGGGGACGGCCCACCUUAUGACAGCGAGGGACUGAUUGGCAGGAGCACAAUUCCUUGGGCAAACUGAGAUGGCUGGACAUGCUGAGAUACAUGGGACAUACUGUACACUCAGACAUACACACACCCAUAAAAGUCCUUGGCAGAAUCAUAACAA